AUUCAGCUUAUCUGGUAUGUGGUUAAGAAUCUACCUUUGACAUCACAAAUGUCUCAUAGCAACCUAGAUAGACCCAGGUGAACAGUGAGUGCUUCCCCUCUCUCGGGUGAGGGGAGUGGGUUGGGAGCGGGGGGAGGACAUUUGUCUCCCAGAAAUGACCCUUCAAACCCUUGGGAAGGGACAGUGGCUAGGAGGGGAAAAGAGCUGCGCCUACCAUUAUCAUCCCAACUUGAUAAACACUUGGGUUCUAGGGGAGCUCUUGACACUUGUGUUCGUGAAUUUUAAUUCCUAUUUGAUAUUCCUUAUAUAGGAACAGUGUUUCACACGUUUCAGAGUGUUUUCGUGUGUAGGUUAUCAUCAUAUGCUCAGAGUGACCUUCCUGAAAUUGGCAAGCAGAUCUUUGACUACAAAGGCACUAAUUGGCAUUCAGGAAGGCGAAGUCACAUGCAUCCCAAGCCAGAGUUGUUAAUCCUCUUCAUAGAUGGUUUUGGAGUCUUUACAGUGAAUAACCUAAUUCAAGUUAAUCCUCUCUUUUUUUAGUAGUUUAGGGUCAAAUUUAACUGGGGUUUUAAAACUUGUAAUCCCAUGAUUUGGAGGUGAGGAGAAAGGGUGGGGGAGAGCAUAGCUUCUCUGUACACCUGAGGGAAUUUGGACACUCAAUUCCAAAGUCUUUUCAUUCAAAGGAAGUGAGCAGAAUGAAGGCAGAUAAGGUGGUCAUUAACAAGCGGAGAUCAUGAAGCACCAAUAUCGGGAUGGCCUUAUACCUCAUGUGUUAAAAAAACCGGACUUCCGCUUCUCAAGUUGCAUUGUUGACAUUGCGUGUGUCCUGUCUUCGGACUUUGGAGCAUAUCUCGGGUUGAAGUUGCUGAAUAUUGACCUUUGAGGAUUCGUCUAGAACACCUUGAGGCCUUGGCCGAGGUGGCAAAACAUGAUAUCUUUGGCUGUCAGUAUCACCCUUGGGAACCUGAUGUUGGCCUCCUGUUUGUCUUCGGGAGUGACUACCCCUAAAACGUUGGCCAUCCCUAAGGAAAUGAAAGAAGUUGUGGGGGAAGUUGUUAUCCACACCACACCCUGCAGCAUCACUUGUGGCCUCGGCUCUAAGGAGGAUACUGUCUGUGAGGUGGGGCCUGAUGGAGUGAGGAGGAAGUGCCGUGCUGCGAUCCGGCAUUGUCUCACCACCUGGCACUGUGGAAUGCACCACUUCACUGUUCACACAGGGAGGACAUUUGUGUUGAACUGCAUGGGAUCACAAGUCCUGGGGCUUACUCACGCCUCUUUCCAGUUCACUUGGAGAGUAGCGCGGGGCAUCAUCUCAGUUGAUGAUGGGCUCUUCAGACCCUUCCUAUUUCGUCACCACUCCUUGAAGUUUAUAUCUGUUCGGGAGCAUGACUCUGGGACCUACCGGUGUGACAUGUACCUGUUGAGAAACAUGAAACUUGUCAAGAGGCUCUAUUUUGGGCUCAGAGUCCUUCCUUCCCACUUGGUGAAACUGAAUUUCCUCCACUCACUCACUGAGGGACAGAAGUUAAUGGAUGAGGGCCUGGAAGUGGACCUAGACAAUGGUUCUUUACCCUUGCACCAUCAAUGGAAAAAGAAGAUGACAGUCAUCGUGGCCAUAGGAGUUACUGCUGGUUUGGUGGGGAUGCUGAUGAGUAUUUUUCUCUGCAGCAGGCUGGGGAUGCUUUUCAGAGCCAAGACCCGGAAGUCGGCCUCACGAGCCGUGCACCGGAAGCGCCGGCGGCGGCGGCGACAGCAGCAGCAGCAGCAUCAUCAUCAUCAUCAUCGGCGGCGGGGGCGGCGCAAGAAGCCACACUAG